UGAGAAUGGCGAUUGUCUGAAUCAGUGGCUUGGCUUACCUAAGGAAAUGUAGCGGGGAAUUUGCAGUAUAGUGUUAUAAAUUCGAGUAUUCUUCAGAAAUGCUAGAGAAAUUCCAAUUGAGAUAGCCCUUUUUUUCUGGGGCCAGACAAAACCGGAUUCGAAAGGGUGGUAGGGGGAAGGGGGAAACAUCAAGAACUGGUGUGCAUCAUGGCAGGAGACAGCGAUCAGACGGUCCAGAACCGCAAACCCUUUCUAAUUGGGGUCGGAGGGGGCACCGCCAGCGGGAAAUCCUCGGUUUGUACAAAAAUAGUCCAGCUACUUGGUCAAAAUGAGAUCGACCAUCACAAAAGGCAAGUGGUUAUUGUGAGCCAAGACAGCUUUUAUAGAGUCUUGACACCUGAACAGAAAGGAAAAGCAAUGAAGGGUCAGUUUAACUUUGAUCACCCAGAUGCCUUUGAUAAUGAAUUGAUAUUCAAUACGCUGAGAGAUAUCAUUGAAGGAAAAAUAGUUGAGAUUCCUGUAUAUGACUUUGUUUCCCAUUCCAGAAAAUCUGAGACAGUGACAGUCUACCCAGCAGAUGUGGUGCUAUUUGAAGGUAUCUUGGCCUUUUACGUGCAGGAUAUCCGGGACAUGUUUCAGAUGAAACUGUUUGUGGACACAGACGCAGACACCAGACUGUCACGCAGAGUAUUAAGAGACAUAAGUGAAAGGCAACGGGACCUAGAACAAGUUUUAACACAGUACAUAACAUUUGUCAAGCCAGCUUUUGAAGAAUUCUGCCUCCCAACCAAAAAGUACGCAGAUGUCAUCAUUCCAAGAGGAGCAGAAAACUUGGUUGCCAUAAAUUUGAUAGUGCAACACAUCCAAGACCUUCUCAAUGGUGGACUGAGCAAGCGUCAAAAUGGCUGUUUGAAUGGCUACAGUACUUCAUGCAAGAGAGAGCCUUCGGAUUCCAAUAGCAGACCACACUGACCAAAGGCUGAGGAGAGGAAAUCUUGCAAUGAAGUUUAGCAUUGACUUACCAUUUACUCUAUGGAAAAGGGAAAGCUGCCAAGGUCUUAAAACAUGGUUCAAAACAAAAUUCACUUUUGGCACCAAAAUGGAAUUCUUCCUUAAGUAUUUAAUUUUGCCAAUUAAGUUUUCUUUUUGUUUGUUGCGUAACUUAAGAGUGAUAUCUUGCCUUUUAAGUCCUUAAAUGUUUAUGCUCAAGCAACUGUCUUUUAUCAAAGAAAUGCAAUCCAACAAAGGAAUACACUUGUGUGUUUAGUUGGAAAUAUACAAUGAGGCAAACCUUGUCCCUUUGUAGUUUAGCUUUGAUUUGAGAAAUGCAUUGGGAACAAUGUUCAAUGUUACAUAUAAUGCUAGGUAUUACUGCCUGUGCAGCAAUAUUUAAAUACUGUACUUCAUUGCACUGAAUGGCUUUAUCUUCUAACCUGAUGUGCCAGUGGGAUGAUUUUUUUACAUAAAUUAUAGGUACUUCUGAACAAAGAUGGAGAUUGGACAUCGUAAUCUCUCUGUCCCCAUGAUGUUUACACUUGUAGAACUUGCAUGAAUACAACAUGAAAAUGGGGAGAAUAUUGGAAUUCUUUUUAGUGAGUUCAGAUGGCACUACGCUCAAUAUAUUAAAAUGCUACUCUAGAACAACACUUCUGGGGAAAGUCUUGGAGUUCCUUCACUUUCUCCCUCCUCAGCCUGCCAGGCCACAUUCAUCCCUUCCCCUUAUUGUAAAAUGUAUUUUCUUUUUAUUUAAAAACUUGGAAUUUUGUUAAAUAUCCUGAUAGUAGUCUUUGUCUUUUAAACACUUAAGACUUUUCCCACUUGCCCUACUCUUCAAUGUUUGCUUUUCCUUUUCUGUUAACUACCUUGUGUCCAAACAUGAGAAAAUUCCAACAGCACUUUUCAGAUUACAGUUUUGGGGUGUAGAUUUUCCAUUGAAACUGGGUAAAAGUGGGUUCUCUUAAGCCUACGAAAGAAAGAAGCUGGUACAAAAUUCUUUCUUUUCCACGUGAACCGUCUGUCAUUUUUGUCCACUACAUACACUCACUGCUACUGUCUGUUCCUAGUUCUGAUGAAAGGUUGCACCCUAAACAAUUUUUUCUCUUCUUAAAUACUGAUUGAUUUUUCUAAUAUAAUAGUUUUGCAUCCUGAUUUGCUUAUUUUAUUUGUCAUGUUUAAAGCUGUCUUUUCAUUUCAUACUGGUAUUCUGUUCAAAAUCAAUUAAUUGAUCUUUUAACUGGACUGUUGCAAAAUACUGUUUUGUUUUAAAAAAAACUGCAAUGCAAAUCGUGCUUUGAUCCAUUUUAAAGCCAAUUGUGACCUGUUCCAGGAUAAAGCGGCACAUUUUUUUUCUCUCUGCAGAGCUACAAUUUCAGUUUAUUCUAUACAAUGAGUUGUAUUGAACCUCUUCUGUUAAGUUUCAGUUUUUUUUGGAUUGGAGGAAUUGGUUAGCAUUAAAUACUAGCCCUACCAAGCCACGCAUAGUAUUUUCGAGUUAACUGAGUUGGAAAAGCCAGCAGUGCUUUACUGCUGUAAAUGCAACUAUUGAUGGAUGAAGUGAAGGCAUACAACUGGAAGGUUUGUAAUUCUUUAACCCUUCAUUACCAAGAACCAGUAUGAUCAUAUUUUGUCACAAAUUUUCUGUUGUUGGACAAAUAUUAAAUUGUUUUGGCCACUGAGCAAAAGAUUGUGCUGCAUCUGGUUAUACAGGCUACUACUGUAAAGGAGAGUUGAACUUGAAGAGGAAAUUAAUUGACCUCCUGAUCUGUUUGACCAAAAUGGUCCUUUCUUGCUUUUGUAACGUGCAGGUAACUUUUUUUGUUGCUGGCAAAGUUGAAUUUUGUUUCUUGUUUCACACCCACACACUUUUCCCAUGUAUUGUAUGUUAGUCUACAACUAUAGAAAGUCAAGAACUGAAGGGAUGACUUACUAAGCCUGAAUAAAAUAUGAAUUUUCU